AUAUACCUUCUAUGCAAAAGAAAAUCUGCUAACAUAUUAUAAAUUAGGGGUUAAAAAUAAAAUAAUUACAUUUUUAGCAUCAAGAGGACUUGAACCUAUAUCUUCUCCACCAAACGCAACAUGGUCUUUCAAGAACUUAAAAGAAAGGAAAUUAGGAUAAGGAUCAAGGCUGAUAUUUCUCUCCUCAGCCACGUGUUUUGCUCAUCCUCGUCAUCUUCUUCUUCCCGACUCUUCCUCCCGAAAUCCCCACUCCAAGCCGCCGGCACCAGCUUUGAAAAAUUGGUGAGAAAGCUUGGAAUUUCUCCUUCUUUCUUGUCCAAGAACCUGACUUGGAACCCAGAAAUCUUUCCCCUUUGUUGGAAAUUCCAGAUCUGCUUUGCUCUGCUCUGUUCGGUUGCUGCUCUUGCCGGUUGUGGGUGCAAAAUUCUGGGCUGUUUCGAUUUUUGGGUAAACCCGUGAGCUUUCCCUGCAGCUUGCCGCCGGCCUCUUCCCCCCUGCAGCUCCGGUUCUUGCUGGAAAAUUCUGGAAAUGAAACCGAGGACGGGUAAACCACGGGAAGUGACGAGUUAGAAGGCUAGCCAUAUUGUAAUUUGAUAUGAAUUUUAGAAACAAAUCAUGAUCUUGUAUUUGGAGAUUUUAUUGGAGAUUUAUGAUAUCAGAGAGUUUAUAAAAUUGAUCUUUAGAU